UAUUAUUAUCAUUCAAUAUUAGUAUUGUAUCAGUAUUUUAAUGGAGAAAAGUCAUUCACCUUCGUUCGUUAUAAAGGAGUCCUGCUUUAAGAUGGUCGUCGUUUGUUUACGCCGCUGACUACGUCAAGGCUUCUAUAUGAUGUCUCUUCUUCUCAGAAGAAGAAGAAGACGAAGAAGAAGACGAAGAAGAAGAAGAAAAAGGCGAAGAAGUAAUUUAAGAAUACGCGCGAGCUGAGUCGGUGUUACUUUGAAGUUUCACACAUGUCUGCGUCCUCGGUGGAGUACACGAUUGGGGGAGUGAGGAUCCAGUUCCCCUGUAAGGCGUAUCCUUCCCAGCUGGCCAUGAUGAAUUCUAUCCUACGAGGCUUAAACAACGGUCAGCAUUGUUUGCUGGAAAGUCCCACUGGAAGUGGCAAAAGUUUAGCCCUUCUGUGUUCAGCGUUAGGGUGGCAGCAGGCACAGUAUGAUAAAAUGCAAGCAGACGGAAUCUCUGAAGAUGAGAAACCUUCUAAACUCCCUGGCAAUGUUAUAAAGUCAAAUGUGGCUGCCACAUGCCAAUGCCCAUGCCAUAGCAAAGACAGAUGGACCUCAAAUGCCACAUCAAUAAAGGGUCAUCCUACAGUGCCACACUCAACAGGGAUCUCAGCACAGCUACAUACCAAAUAUGAGACUCCCAAGUCGGUUACCAGAAAAGGGUUACCCGACACUCUGGGUGAGAGAAUCCAGUUUUCCGACAAUGCUGACCAAGACAAAGCAGAUUUCUUGCCUAAGAGGAAACGCAUUCGUGCUGCUGAACCGAAGGGGGUUGUAUUUGAAGAUGUGCCAGAGCUGGAAAGUUACCCUUCACGUUCUCAGUGUUCAGUUUUGGAGCCGAAAAGCCAUGGAACUGACUUGUCCUCGUGCCUUUCCCCUGAAUCAUGCUUCCAUUGCCCAUGUACAUCCGCCAAGGACAGUGCAAAGGAUAAAAAGGACAAAAGGCGGAUACCCAAGAUUUUUUUGGCCACCCGUACACAUAAACAAAUCACUCAAAUUGUUCAUGAGAUGAAGCGUACUGCAUACUCCAAUUCUCCAAUGACCAUACUAUCCAGCAGAGAUCAUACCUGUGUCAACUCCAAUGUGGCACCUCACCCUACCAGGAACGAACUCUGCAAGGACCUGUUGGAAGCCAAAGAUGGAAGAUCAUGCCGGUACUACCAUGCAGUACAUAAAAUGGGCAAUCAGAGAAUUCUGCGGUUGGCCCAUGGAUUUCACCAAGCCUGGGACAUUGAGGAGCUGGUCUCAUUGGGCAAACGGCUUCGUUCCUGUUCGUACUAUGCUGCUCGUGCUCUCAAGCAAGAAUCCCGCAUCAUCUUCUGCCCGUAUAACUACCUCUUAGAUCCAAUGAUCAGAGAGAGUAUGGAGAUUGAUCUUGCAGGCCACAUCUUGGUUCUGGAUGAAGCCCAUAAUAUUGAAGACUGUGCCAGGGAAAGUGCCAGCUUCGUGUUAGACCACAAUAGUUUGCUGAUGUGCAGGGAUGAGCUUGAUAACAUGGUCAGCAACAACAUUCGCCGUUUUAAACAUGAGCCUCUGAGGGAUUUGUGCUAUAGUCUUGUCAACUGGAUCCAGGAGAGCCAAAUCCUAAUGUCUAAUAGGGGAUAUGAAGAGACGUGUAAAGUUUGGAGCGGAAAGGAAAUACUGACCAUUUUUCACACCCUGGGUAUCACGUCAGACAGCUUCCAGAUGCUGAAGGAGCAUAUGGCUGCAGUGCUAGAAAAGGAAGAGGUUGUGGAAUUUCUGAAUGGUAAAGAAGAGAUGAUGCCGGUCACAACCAUCAGCUCAUCAACAUCCAGUACCCUCAAAGGCCUCUUCAUGGUUCUGGACUUCCUAUACAGAGACAACUGCAGGUAUUCAGAAGACUACAGAGUUGCACUUCAGAAGACAUAUUCUGGGAUGAGCAAAGCACCACCUAGGAGGAGAAGUGAUGUGCAGGGCUUCAUGGCCCAACCAGGCCAAAGGUUUAGAGCUAAGACGGGAUCUCUCACAUUGAGUUUCUGGUGUCUGAAUCCCGCUGUGGCCUUUUCUGACAUAAGCAGCACAGUGCACAGCAUUGUUCUGACAUCAGGUACACUGUCUCCAAUGGGAUCAUUCUCCUCAGAACUUGGCGUCAAAUUUUCUAUUCAACUCGAGGCAAACCAUGUCAUCAACAAAUCUCAGGUAUGGGUGGGCACUGUUGGUGUCGGACCCCAAGGCAGAAAGCUCUGUGCCACCUUCCAACAUGCUGAAACAUACGCCUUCCAGGAUGAAGUUGGUGCCCUGCUUCUGCAUGUUUGCAAAGUUGUUCCCAAGGGUGUUCUGUGCUUCUUCCCUUCCUACACGAUGCUGGAAAAGCUGCGGGAUCGGUGGAACAUCAUUGGCAUUUGGGAAGAACUUGAAAAGCAAAAAAAAGUGAUAACUGAGCCUCGUGGUGGUGGCAAGGGUGAUUUUGAUGGACUACUCCAGGCUUACUACAACGCGAUUAAAUCCUGUGUGGAAAGAGAUGGUGCUCUGCUGAUGGCUGUGUAUCGGGGUAAAGUCAGUGAAGGACUAGACUUCGCAGAUGACAAUGCUAGAGCAGUGGUCAGCAUUGGAAUCCCCUUCCCAAAUAUUAAAGACCUCCAGGUUGAACUCAAGAUGAAGUACAACGAUCAGCACUACAAGAAUAGAGGUCUUCUCUCUGGCCAUCACUGGUAUGAGAUUCAGGCUUACCGAGCUCUCAACCAGGCACUGGGGAGGUGUAUACGUCAUAGAGGUGACUGGGGUGCCCUUAUUCUUGUGGAUGACCGUUAUCGGAAAAAUCCGGAUAAGUACAUCAAAGGUCUCUCCAAAUGGAUUCGGCAACUCGUCCAGCAUCAUGCCACCUUCACCAAUGCCAUGCAGUCCCUUAUAGCAUUCUCUCAGCUACAACUGAAGUGUCAUCUUGGGGCAGAUCAUCAGAAUUCAUCCAUCUCCUUGCCAAGCACCAAAUUCAUAAAUGAGGCGUUAUUGGGUUCACCUAAACCACUGGAUUUUAUUGUUUCAUCUCACACGCCAACAAAAGAUAAACAACAUGAAUUACAAGAAAAACCUAGUGAUUUGACUCCAUCAGACAAUCCAGAUGAAAAAGAAGAGGACCAGGCUGUCUCUUUUACUCCUGAACUAUUUCAAGCUGAGGCAAGUGUGAGUGAAAUAAGUGAGAUGAAGUCACCAACCCGGUUCAUUUUAGGAGCAGAGAGUAUGCAGAAUCCCUCUGGACAUGAGUUUGCCCAAAACUCUCCUUUUGAUGAAAAGAGUAUGCUUUCAGUCAACACGGAGAGCAUCGUGUUAUCAGGCAAUGAAGAGACAAAUGUUGUAGAAUGUGGUGAGAAUGUGAGAAACAAGAUCAGGCUCUCGCGAUCCAGACAGAGAGCUCACUUCUCCUCAACAGAUAAGUGACAGGUCAACAAGGUCAUGCUGAUGCAAAUGUUGUUGUUGUUACUUUGUAAAUUCCAUUUAGCUUUUUUUUUUUAAUUUAUAUUUUUUUAUUGUUAUAUCAGGAUAAUCGAUUGGGAGCAAACUCACUUUUUCAGUGAUGCCCAGAUUCCAUAAUGAAUAAAACAUUACAUACAAUAGAGUCUGAUCAUGGCUCACAAUUACAUACCAACAGCAUAACAUUUAACGCAUGGCCAGCCAUUGAUGACGAUAUAAGUCCAAUUCUUUAAACUGGGAGGACAGGCUUCUCCCAAUCAAAAUGGACUGGGCAUCUAGCACCAUCAAUGGCAGACAAUUUAAAAGUGCCGCUGGGAACGCGACCACCCAGUGGCGGUUUUAAGUGGGGGCCACAGAGGCACUGGCACCCUUUCUAAUUUUAUGGCCCCUAAAGUGCCCCGGUUCCCAUUUAAUUACAAAACAUGGCGAUCAGCGAACCUUUUUCUGGAGUGUGAGUGAAUGAGAUACUUUUGUUUCAAGUUUUUUUUUUUUUAAUAUUAAUGCUACUUUUGUGUUUGAAAUAGCUUUU